CGGGCUUCCGCUCCUCAUGAACGCGCGGCUCCCUCGGGCCUUCGUCGUUCUACGGGCGGUGGAGCUGCCGGGCCAGGGCUGCUCCGUUGUUCAGCCGCGGUGUAGCGAGCUAGGCACCACUGAGAAUAGAAGCCUCCCGGUGGUCUAGAGCGUCCCCGGAAGUGGCUCGGGGAAGGCCUCGAGGAGCGGACCGGUGGAGAGCUGCGUGGCCGGCAUUUCCGGCCAGUAGUGGCGGCUCGGGGUCCUCAGUUCCUGGAGUGUAUGGGUAAGACAACGUUGUGAAUCCUGGUGAGAAGUAUUCCCAGCUCAGAAACCUGGACACUGUUGAUGGGGAAAGCUGCCACCUUUUGUCAUCUGUGUGAAGGCCCGAGGCUCCAGCUACACCCAGCAGUCCAGGGUAACUCAACCCUGUCACCUCCCCUGAAGAGAACAGCAGUUGACUACACUACUAGGAUCUGAGGCCCAAGUGGGCUGGAGCCCCAAUACUGAAGGGAAACUGAGGCAAGAUACUGCUGUAGGCAGAGAACAGAGCCAAGAAUGAACCUGGCUUGAGCCUAGGCUCAGUCCUGUGGGCAGGCAGACAAGAAAGGGAGAGACUGGCCCAGGGAGCCAGAGAAAAACAUAGUCAGGGAAGGACAGGCAGAGCCCCAGCCUGGACCCCCUCCUCAUGGCCUCCAAGCAAGCUGCAGCCAAGGGCAAGGGGGGGAAGCGGAAGCGAGUGGUGCUGACCCUGAAGGAGAAGAUCGACAUCUGCACUCGGCUCGAGCGUGGUGAGAGCAGGAAGGCCCUGAUGCAGGAGUAUAACGUGGGCAUGUCCACUCUGUACGACAUUAAAGCCCACAAGGCCCAGCUGCUCAGGUUCUUUGCCAGCUCAGACUCUCACCAGGCGCUGGAGCAGCGGCGAACCUUGCACACGCCCAAGCUGGAGCACCUGGACCGAGUGCUGUAUGAGUGGUUCCUGGUAAAGCGUGCCGAGGGCAUCCCUGUGUCGGGCCCCAUGCUCAUCGAGAAGGCCAAGGACUUCUACAAGCAGAUGCGGCUGACAGAGCCCUGUGUGUUCUCUGGAGGGUGGCUUUGGCGCUUCAAGGCCAGGCAUGGCAUUAAAAAGUUAGACGCCUCGAGCGAGAAGCAGGUGGCUGACCACCAGGCUGCGGAGCAGUUCUGUGGCUUUUUCAGGAGCCUCGCGGCUGAACAUGGGCUGUCUCCCGAGCAGGUGUACAGCGCCGAUGAGACGGGUCUGGUCUGGCGGUGCCUGCCAAAUUCCACCCCGGAUGAUGGGCCUGUGCCCCGCUUCAAACAGAGCAAGGACAGACUGACUGUUUUAAUGUGUGCCAAUGCCACUGGCUCCCACAGAAUCAAGCCCUUGGCCAUUGGGAAGGGUGGUGGCCCCAAAGCCUUUAGAGGCAUCCAGCACCUGCCUAUUGCUUACAAGGCCCAGGGUAAUGCCUGGGUAGACAAGGAGAUUUUCUCAGACUGGUUCCAUCAUAUUUUUGUCCCCUCCGUGCGAGAGCAUUUCAGAACCAUAGGCUUGCCUGAGGACAGCAAGGCAAUUCUCUUGUUGGACCAUUCCCGAGCGCAUCCCCAGGAGUCCGAGCUGGUGUCUGAGAAUGUCUUCACUAUCUUCCUGCCUGCCAGUGUGACCUCCUUAUUGCAGCCCACAGAGCAAGGCAUUCGCAGAGCCUUCAUGAGGCUCUUUAUUAACCCUCCUGUGGCCUUACAGGGCUUCCCCACCCGGCACAGCAUGAACGAUGCCAUAGUCAAUGUGGCCUGUGCCUGGAAUGCUCUGCCGAGCCAGGUCUUCAGGCGGGCCUGGAGGAAGCUGUGGCCCACUGUCACAUUCCCCGAAGCUUCCUCCUCUGAGGAGGAAGCAGAGUGCUGCAGCAUGAAGCCUCACAAUAAGACUUUUGCACACAUCCUUGAGCUCGUGAAAGAAGGGCCCUCCUGUGCUGGCAGCAGGCUUCAGAACAGCAGGGCUGAAGAGCAGGCUGUGGCGGGGAGGGACAUAGAGGAGGCCCCUGCCGUUGGGACACCGUCCCAGGCCACUGGGCUCGCAGAAAAGGCAGAGAAAGAUGCUGGUGAGGAUGAGGAGGCAGCCUGGGAGCAGGCAGCCACCUCCUUCCAGGCACUUAUGCACUUUGCAGAGCGGCAGCCAUGUUUUACCAUGCAGGAGGUGGGGCAGCUGCAGGCAUUGCACACGGUGUUCAGGAGACAGCAGCAGUUGAGGCAGCCCCGCGUGGCUCUCAGGGCUGUGAUCAAACUCGAGACCCUUCAGGAGCACCCCGGUGUGUGUCGGGCCACAACCCCCUCCACCUUGCCCUGCUCCUCCGCAGCAGGUGGUAACUGAAGAUGUCGGUAUCUGCUGACCCCUGCAGCUCGGCUCUGUAGUGUGUGCAGCCGUGGGGCUCAGACUGCGGCUAGGCAGGAGCGCAUGCUCGGAUGAGAGCAAGCAGGACUGGAGCCCCAGGAGUGUGGCUCCUGUCAGGGUGGCUCCUGGUUCACACAGAGGGCUCCCCGUGUUCUGGCUAGUGGUUUGACUGUGUCUCCUAACACGGGUGGGUAUCAUUUGAAUGGCAGGAGACCUGUGCCCGCCCUCAGCGCUCUGGAGCUCUCCUCGCUGCAGCCGGGUCCAGUGGGCCAGCUCUGCCUCUGGUGUUGGAAGACUGAGCCACGUUAGCAGGUUGAAGUGCCUUGAGGGGUGUACCUCCAGCCCUCAGGAGGCUCUCUUUCUCCCCAACUGGUGAACCCCCAAGCCCAGUCCCGAGGGUACUGGCUUCAGCUCCUGACCUCAGUGCUCACAUCCCCCACUAGGCACCAUGCCAUCCGUCCUCCUGGUCUGAGCCCACCUCAGCCAUGGACAGAUAAACUCAGUGGUGAGACUCUAGUGUCCCUGUCAGCAGCAGGCCCUACCUCUAGGGGUCAGGUUCCAUGGAGACGCUGCAUGCUAGUCUUAGCAUUGCUCAGAGGCCGACAUGUGUCCAGAAGUCCGUGCUCCCCAGAACCUCGAAGUAACAGUUGACCUGGAGCUCAACAGGAUAGGCAGGUUAGCAGUAAUCCUAUGGAAGGUGUCUCUGCACUAGUUGGUUCUGUGGAAGCCAGCUGUCAGAGAACAUGACUUUUCCUGACCUUGGAGCUGAUGAGCAGCACCGUGGCUACUGUGUCUGUGACUCCCGGUGCCCUUUGUCUGCAGCGGUUAGCUCUCUGUUCUUUCACCAUGGCUUUGUCCUUGACCCCUGCUGCCUUUGGGAUUCAUGUAGCUGAAUUGCCACAGUUUUCAUUCCAGUGUUCGACAGCUGCUUCACCAGGAGACCUUUGCCUGGGGAACCUCUGAGAGCCAGGGAGGGGGGCUUCAGGAAUGUUGGUUUGUGUUUCUAUGUCUGUCCAAACACCGAGGAAGGAUGCUGCAGACCACUCUAGUUGUGGCUGGAUGUUUUGCUUUACCUGCAUGUGUGAACAUUAUAACCGGGUUGUUUUUAGAAGUCUUUGUUGUGAUUCUUCGGUCCCUGUUGACAGGAGUCAUUGUUCUGUCACACCGCUUGUUCUGUGUGUCCAAGUGACAUUUGUAUGCUCGUGUGCUGUGUGGUUUCUGGCUGCUAUGGGGACUGUUGUGUUACCGUUGUGGCUACUUGAGCAGCUGCAGGUCAGAGGUUGGAAGUCACGAUGCCUGCAGCAUCAGAUGAUGGACAUGUGGAGGGAAAGUCCCACCCUGGGAGGAUGGGGCAGGGCUGGGGGAGCUCCUGGGUCCGUAAGGUGUGUGCCCAUGAGACCACACUCCAGGACCAGUGCUGGCUCACCUUGAGAACUUGCUCUUGGUGUUGCCACUUACUAGAUUUGUGAUGUCUCUUCCCAGGGCACCUUCCAGAACAACCGAGGUGGGCAGGCCCCCUUUGUCUUCAGAGGACCAAAUGUUCUGCCUUCCCAUUCUCCAGCCAUUAGCAGCUAGCUUCCUUGAGGCUUGUGCUAGCGGUGUCUAGGUACAGACUUGGGGAAGGGGUGUCAGUUCCCUGAGAGCAUGCAUUUCUCUACUGCCUCUCAUGUAUGCUCUGAGCAUGCCCAAGGUACUCCCCCUUAGGACCAGCCUCUUAGAAGCCCGAGCAGUCUAGUGUUUUAGCCUCAGAACCUUUUCCCCAAGCACUCUGAGAUGGUAGACCCAGUGUGGCAGAUGUAGAGACAGACCUGGCAGGACCUCAUUCCCUUUCCCUCUGCCCAGUGGUCACUGAGGCCCUCAGAAAGCCCUGCGUUCUCCAGGGCAGAAUGUGCUCUGGUCCCUCUAUAUACUGUCUGCUUCCUCCUUUGCCUCUCAGAUACCUGUGUAGCCCAGGCUGGCUUAGAACUGCAGCGCUGCUUCAGCCUCCUGUGUGCUAGUAUCAUGGACGUGCACUGCUGUGCUCGGCGCCUUCCGGCUUCCUACCAGGAACCAGGCUGUUGUUCCAUUGACAGACCUUGGGCACUGUAGUCAGUUGCCCGGCUGCUCCCUUCCACCAGCAAAGCCUUUUCUCUCUGUGUGUUAGUCAGAGACCCUCCACAUCACCUCUCAGAGGUUAGUUUGUCAACUCUAGCACCAUGCUUCCAGGAGCCUGGGAUGUUGGCAACCCUUGUGUUCUCAACAGGGCCAGAGUAGGACUGCUCCUUCCUCUAGAUAGGCACAAGGAGCUGAUGCCCACAGUCGUUCCGUGUCCAGCAAGAGAUAGAUACCAUUUCCAGGGUGUGCAGUUUCCUCUUCAAGGGCAUGGGUACCAUGAGCCCUACCUGGCCCUUUGCAGAUAUCUGGGGAAGAUCAUUCUGUUAGCAUUUGGUUGGAGAAUAUUGUCCCUGUUUAUGAGGGCCUGGGUAAGACUGUACCCCCUUACCAGUACUUGCUGCUUGGUGGAAGAGCAGAAGCACCCUGAUACAGCCCUGUGUGCUGUCUCUACAAAAGUGCAUCCACAACAAGACAAGAAGCCUUUGUCCUGUGGGUGGAGGAUGGUGAGCAAUGGGUGGGCAAGUUGGUGGGUUAACUGGAUGAGUGGCUAGAAGAGGCUGCUGCCUUGCCCAGUUACCUAGGUGGAAGCUAGAGUCUAUUGGGAAGCAACUUCAUGACCAGCCGCACUGAACCUCAGUACCAUGUGAUCUCAGAAAGAGAAACUGGGAGAGGAUCCUGGAUGGGGCUGUGAUGGCUGCUGUCACCUCCUUUGUUAAGAUUGAGUCUGAGGUUAGCUAGAAAAGGACCCUGUGGGAGGGUCCAAAUCUGGAAUUUGAAGCUGGGAUCAUCCUCUUGUGAGCCUGGCCCUCAGCAAGAGGAUACCCUGAACUUAGCGGGGUUGUGUCGGGGAGAUAGUGAGGCUGUGGCCGUGGAGUGAACUGCCCUUAGUCCUGGCUCCAGCUCAUUUACAUGGUGGCCUUUUGCCAGCUUGUUCCUGCCUGCCUUCAGCCCCACCACCAGAGCACUCCUUGCAUCCCCAAUGAGUGUCAUGCCGUCCUUGAUCAUGGGACGGUAGGUUUUUAAGUAGGGAAUCCAGCUGCAGCCUGGCUGAAUCUACCUUGAGAUUGUUUUGUUUGUGGUUCCAAGGAUGUAACCCCCAGCUCUUACCCCCUGUCGUGUGUUUAAUAGCAGAGCGGCUUGAGCUCCAGGGAGGGGAGGUAAGCCAGGGUGUAGUGCCCCAUAAGGGGAGCAUCCUAAGGCUGGGAAAACAUGGGAGCAUUUGUGUGAUGCGGGGAGGGUAUGCCAGGGUCCUAAGGCCUCUUCUGGAUGCUUAGCCCUCUGGGUGGGGUUGAUUUAGCUCCCUCUGUAGGACUCCUAGGCCAGGGUUAUUUUCCCACUAAGUGCCCAGAACCCUGGCUACCUCAUGGCCUUGCAUCCCUGAGAUCACAGCCCCAACCUUCAGCACCAUCCUGCCUCUGCUCCCCUAGCCCAGCACCAGCCUGUGGAGGACCUGCCCCUGAGAGAUGGGAGAGCGUUCCGAAGCUCACAAAGGACAGGAGGUAGAAAAGACAAAGGUUGCAUUCUGUGGCUAGACACAUCAAUAAAAGGCCUUCUGUGGAACGCAGCAGAAGCACCACCCAAUAAAAUCGUGUCCCCACCUGCCA